AUACACGGGAACAAAGGACGAAGGAGUACAUAUGGAUAAGAAAUUAUUAUCACUGAUUAUCUUUUUGGCACUCCUGAACGCAGGAUCGUGCAAAGACGAUUCGCUCAGACAGUACUUGCAGCCGAGUGAUGUCCUUUCGGGAGCGUACGACGAGACGUACCUCUCGACAAAUUCGUCCCUCUGCACAAGGCAAUGCACCGGAGCCAGCAAGAUCUGCUAUUACGAAUUUUUCACGGAAAUGUACAGCUCGAUGGGACUUGCUUGCAAAGAUUGCCCUUUCAACCGGGAAGAUUGCUUCGCGCCGCAGUGCGUCACAGUCGAUGGUGUGCCCAGGGGAAUUGUGACCUACAAUAGGAUCUUUCCAGGUCCUUCGAUUCAGGUUUGUAAAGGGGACGUCAUUGUAGUAGACGUACACAACCAUCUCCCAUCCGAUUCAACCAGCAUCCAUUGGCACGGGAUUCGUCAUAAAAACUCACCAUAUUAUGACGGAGUUCCCAAAGUCACUCAAUGCCCUAUCCAUCCAGGAACUACUUUUAGAUAUAUUUACAACGCUUCUGAGGAAGGGACGUUUUUCUACCAUUCCCAUUCGGGUUUGCAGAAGGUAGACGGCCUGUCGGGCACUUUGAUUGUGAGAGAGAAAAAAGAGGAUGAGCACAUCUCACACCUUUACGAUUUCGACCUUCCUUCUCAUACAGUGAUGGUGAGCGACUGGAUGCAUCUGGAUUCCGGACAAUUUUUACCAGGGAUAACGAACGAACGCAGCCUUCCCAAAUCUUAUUUGGUCAACGGAAGGGGAAUUUUUGCACCAACAGGUCAAAGUGUAAACAUUGACCAGGGUUCUUUACCUUUAACGGAAUUUACAGUCAAAAAGGGAAAAAGAUACAGGUUCCGACUCAUCGGCGGCACCUGCCUGGCUUGUCUCGCGGCAGUAACAUUUUUGGAUCAUCGCGUUUCUGUCGUUUUCGGUGAUGGAGCGGGACCCGUUGAACCGACACUAGUGGACAAAAUCGUACUAAAUUCAGGCGAUAGGUUUGACGUUAUUCUAGAAGCCAAUCAAUCAGUUGAUACGUAUUGGAUCAUGGUGAGAGGUCUCGGAGGCAAAAACAGCUCCACUAGUUGUUACAAUGCACAACAAUUUGCUCUGCUCAAGUACGAAGGGCAUAAUGGCAAACCCUCCACCCCCUAUCCUGGAACAGCAGACGUUCCAGAAGGAAUAACGCUGAACCCAGAAAAUUCGUCAUGCAAUGAUCCCAACGAAGUUUGUCUCACUCAUCUUCAAUCAUUUACUCCUUUACCGGAAGAUUUGAAGGGCAAACCGGACGAAAUAUUAUUUGUCCGGUUUUCUAAUUACCGUUACGAAUUCAGCGACCUGUUCGAGAACGGUACCUUCCAACCAUUUUUCGUGGUCAGUCCGGCUGGAGGCCCGAUUAAAUCACUAGUAAACAACGUGAUGAACUUCUUGCCACCUUCACCGUUGAUGAGUCAGUAUGAAGACGUUCCCAAUAGUUCGUUUUGUCGCCCUGAAUGCUAUUCAAAAGACAUCCAGAAACCCUGCACCUGUCUGAACGUUCUAAAAGUCAAGCUGAACUCAGUCGUCGAUGUAAUUCUCACUGGAACCGGAGUUGCACAUCCUUUCCAUUUACACGGUUACAAUUUUUACAUCAUGGAAGAGGGCUCGUUGGAAGGCGACGUCGAGAACGGAUUGAAAAACUUAGUUAAAAGGUUGAUGAAAGGAGACUGGCACAAUUCAAAACCGAUUCAAAAGGACACCGUCGGCGUGCCACACAACGGUUACGUUGUAGUCAGAUUUAAAGCCGAUAAUCCAGGUUUGUGGUUCUUCCAUUGUCACUUUCUCUUUCACCUGGACAGCGGGAUGAGCGGCAUUUUGCAAGUUGGUGAGCCUUCGGAUUUUCAACCAGUGCCGGAAGGAUUUCCUAAAUGCGGCGACUUCCUACCGCCAUUGCCUGCGUAAAAGAAAAUUGUUUAUGGAUUAUCCAAAAGUGACUGACAUUAAUAAACUGUAUAAUAAUAAAAAAUACAUUAUUAUUUUGUU